UUAAUUGUUUAAACUUAUGUUUUUUCAUUUAUUAUAAAUAUUAUUUAUAAAUUUGAAUAAUAAGUUCAGUUAUGAAGACAUGCAUUGUGUGCGAAUGUAAUGAUCAAAAGGCAACAUUUCAUAAAUUCCCUAGUAAUCCAUAUAUGAGGCAAAAAUGGUUAAAUCAAUGCAACAUUAAAGGAACACUACCUAAUUAUUCAUACAUAUGUUCAUCACAUUUUAAAAAAGAGGAUUAUGUUAGUACUAGACUUAAGAAGGAUGCACUCCCAAAACUUGUCGAAGACCAAAUUGAAAUACAAUAUGUUCCCUCACAUAGCAAAAAUAAAAUAUUAAGUUGUUCAGAAUCAAGUACACCACAAUAUGUUGAAAAUAGUCCAAAACUAUCUACUAGUACUUCUUUAUCCAGUGUAAAUGACCAUGGUGAAAAUACAAUAUUAUCUAGAAAUAUUAUGAUGACAUCAAAUGAUUUGUUAAUAAAUACACAACGCUGUGCAAGAAGGUUAAUUUGGAGACCAUCUAAUGUUGCUAGUUUGACUAAUGAACACUUUUCAACACCUAAAAGAGCUAAAUUAAACUUAAAUUUAAUUAAAAACCAAUUGGUACUCAAAGAUAAAAGGAUUAAAUGUUUAACAGAGUGUAAUCGAAGAUUAUUAAAAAAAGUAAAAAACCUUAAAGAAAUGGUAGAGGUUCUGGAGAAACAAAAUAUGUUAUCUGAACAAGCAUCACAAAUUCUGAAGGUAACUUUGUUAAAUUUUAUAUUUAAUACCACCAAUUAAUCAUAAUAUGCCUAAAUUAAUUAUU